AUUGUGAAUGAACUUUAUAUAUAUAUGCAACCUAAUAGAAGAGAAACCUAAGGAAGAGUGACUGUGAAGAGUUUCAAAUACCCCAGUGUGAAGAGUUUCAAAUACCCCUCUCUCUCUCUCUCUCCAAAGUGCCUAAAUCUAAGCCUUUUGGUAUUCUCUAAUAUCAACUAAGAGUCUAAGAGGGUCUCAUCUCAACUGCUCAAAUCCCAUUACUUACUUUCUUUCUCUCCAUUAAGUCUUGUUUGGUUGGAAAAACUCACCAACCUCAAGAACAAACAACUUGGGAGAGUUUUCAUCUAAAAAUCUCUUCUCUUCCCAUUUCUGUAACUAAAAAAAGGAAAUGAACAAACAAGACUUCUUCAAGCCUCAGAUUUGCGUUCUCAGAGUGAAUAUACACUGCAAUGGGUGUAAGCAAAAAGUGAAGAAACUGUUGCAAAAAAUUGAUGGGGUGACUGGCCUCGCCAUAGAUGUAGAGCAAGGGAAGGUGACAGUGGCAGGAAAUGCAGAUCCAUCCAUACUCAUAAAAAAACUUGUGAAAUCAGGCAAACAUGCAGAGCUAUGGGGAGCCCAAAGGGCUUCAAAUCCAAACCAUCUCAACAACCAAUUCAAGAACUUGCAAAUUGAGUUUGGCAAAGGUGGGAAAGACACCAAGUCUCAAAAGGGUGGCCCACAAUUCAAACACCAAAUCAAGCCUGCCAAAGGCUCCAAAGAUCACAAAUCUGUCAAGUUCAGCUUGCCUGAUGAUGAUGACUAUGCAAGUUUUGAUGAUUUUGAUGACUUUGUUGGAGAUGAGUUUGAUGAUUUUGAUUUUGAUGUUACCCAUAAACCACCCAACAAGAUGAUGCCAAUGAUGGGUCAUGGGCAUGGACCCCAUGGGCCUAAGGGUAUGAUGGUGAAUAGCCAUGUCAUGAAGGGAAAAAAGGGUAAUAAUAAUGGUGGUAAUGCCAAAAAGGAAGAUAGCUUUGAUUUGCCUAUACAAGUGAAGGGCAUGCCUAUGCAUAAUGAUGGGAAGAAUGGGAAUGGAGGAAAGAAAGGCGGUGGCGGUGGAAAUAUUAAGGGAGGAAAUCAGAAUCAGGGUGGUGGAGGUGGUAAAAAUGGAGGAGGAAAUGGUAAGGGUGUUGGUGUCGGUGGUGGGAACAAUAUUAAUGAUUGGGGGAUGAAAGGGGGAGGGAAGAAUGGUGGGCCCAAAGCAAUGAGCAAUAUGCAACAAGGGUUCCAUGACAUUGAUACGAGUCACAAAGGGGUAGGUGGUGGGAACAUGGGUCAAAUGGGAAAUUACCCAAUGGGGCAAAUGGGUAAUUAUCCAAUGGGUCAUAUGGGGAAUAUUCCGGCAGUACAAGGACUACCGGCGGCGCCAACUGCCGCCAUGAACGGUGGAUAUUACCAAGGGAUGGUGCCCGGCAACCCUUAUAACCAACAACAACAACAGCAACAACAACAACAAUACAUGGCAAUGAUGAUGAAUCAACGGCGAAUGAUGAAUGGAAAUGACAUGUUCCAACCAAUGAUGUAUGGGCGGCCGCAACAGGCAAUGAGUUACGGGCCGCCAGUGCAGCCGCCUCCGGCAGCCGAUAAUUUCACCCACAUCUUCAGUGAUGAGAAUGCUAACAGUUGUAGUAUCAUGUGAAAUGCCAUACUGGUGUAAUAGUACUCUAUUUUGGUUUGGUAUGUUGGGCUUUUGUGCCUUAUAGUGAGUACUUUUGGAUUAAGAAUUCAAAUAGGGGCAUUGAGGGAUCGGUUAUGAUGACUCCAUAAAAUAUGAUGAUACAAGCAGGUAAGAUUAGUUUGUAGCUCUCUUAAAAGAAUGUUGUAUCUAUAUUUUGUUUGAAGUUCGUUCAAAUGGGAAACACUAUUAGGUUCAAAUCUCAUGAUCAUAUUUUCUUCUC